CAUCUUCUCCAGAGGGUCCAGUCCCUAAACAUCCAACAACCUCCACCCACCAAGGACUGGACAGAGGUCAGCAUCCGUCCACCAUCAUAUGAGGGGACUGUGGUGAAAGCUGUGGUUCAGCUGGAGGAGACACUCGGUAAAGAGAUGAAGAAGCUGCUUGAAGCCGAGCUGAAGAGGGUCCAGCAGUAUGCAGUGGAUGUGACUCUUGAUCCUGAUACAGCUAAUCCUUGGCUCAUCCUGUCUGAUGAUGGGAAACAAGUGAAUCAUAGUGAUGUGAGGAAGAAUCUCCUAGACAACCCAGAGAGAUUUUCUUAUUUCGGAUGUGUUUUAGGAAAACAGAGUUUCUCUUCAGGCAGAUUUUACUUUGAGGUUCAAGUUAAAGGAAAGACUGAAUGGUAUUUAGGAGUGGCCAGAGAGUCGAUCAACAGGAAGGAAAACAUCACACUCAGUCCUCAGAAUGGUUACUGGACGAUAUGGUUGAGAAAUGGAAAUGAGUACAAAGCUCUUGCUGGUCCUCCAGUCCUUCUCUCUCUGAAGUCUCCUCCUCAGAAGGUGGGGGUGUUUGUGGACUACGAGGAGGGUCUGGUCUCCUUUUAUGACGUAGAUGCUGCAGCUCUUAUCUACUCCUUUACUGGCUGCUCCUUCACUGAGAAACUCUUCCCAGUCUUCAGUCCCUGUCUGAAUGAAGGUGGUAAAAACUCUGCCCCUCUGAUCAUCUCUCCUGUCAGAGUAAACUAAUCACUGAUCUCAUUUCAGGUAUUGAUUCAUUUUCAAUCAAGGGAACAAAUGUACAUAUUCAAAUAUUUUACAUCUUAUUUUCUACAAAAUCUGUUUCCUGUGGUGACUGAUUUACACUUUAUUCCAUUUAUUAUCAUAUGUUAAAUGUGAAACAAUUCUUUCCAAAUUGAAUCAAACUUCAUCUUGACAUAUUUGGUGUCUUUAGAAACUGAUUUCUUCUGGAAGUUAUAAUAAAUGUCUGUGGGUUUAACAGAGGUUUAAAUAGAUAUCGUCUACAUAACGUGUGUCAUGAUGCAUCAAAUUAAUGUGUUGAUUAUGUAAUCAGAUCCAAAUUUAUUAGUAUUUGAUGUGCAGCCACAGAAAACAUAUAGCUGAAUAUUUCAUUGUGUCAUGAAGCUUCAUUUAAGAGUGAGGCCUAUUACAUCCCAUAAUGUCUCCAGAACACAGUAUGUGUCCUUGUUAUACCGGGUAGAAAAAGUUAAUUGAUGUUUCUAUCUUGUGUGAAAAGUCUUUUGGAUAAUUACUGGUCACUUUGGCCAUUUUUUAUUUGUUUCAUGAAUUCUGUAAGAUGGUUUAUGAGUCAAAGAAAUGUGUAAAUAUGUGAUUGUAGAAUAAAAAGUGUAAAAUAAAGCAGGUGUUGAACACAA